AUGUUGAAUCGUCCGCCAACGACAGCUUCAGCACCGGAGGCCCCAGCAGAUCCAUCUACCUCACCACCAGCUGCUUCACCCCCAGUAGAAGAGGAGGAGGUCUUCCCCGACGAUUACGAUCCUUAUGAGGGAGCUCCAGCGACUCCGAUCGAGGCACAACCUGUUAUCCAUGUACAUGACACCAAGUCGCAGGGUGAGAUUCUGUCGAUAGAGGCACAACCUGCAGUGGUUAAGAGUCGGAAGAGGAAGAGAAAGCCUCCUGUAUGGUUCGGUGACUAUACGGAGAUGAAGAGGAGACAUAGGCCAUCUUCGGCUUUUGAUCCCCUGGAGCCACCGGAUGAGAAAUUUUUAACCACUUUCCGAAAGUGGUGUGUUGGACUCAUUCCGAACCACCGACUUCGGGAUUUGAGAAGUGGUGAUUACGGUCCAGGAUUCUUUUGGAUAAUGCUCACACCAAAGGAAUGGCUUACAGAUGACCAUAUAGAUGCAGCAAUGCAUAUGCUGAGGAGGCGACGCACCGACUAUCCACUGACAUUUCCUCAGAAGGGUGUCAUUCUCUCCACAUUCGUGACCAGCAUGAUCAGCAGUGCAUGGACGAGCCACAAGGGUCCGAGGAAAAACUUUGUGUGGGAGGAUUAUAUCCUGGACUACUGCAGAGGGGUUCAUAAGUCCCAAGUCUUUGAGAGAUGGAGGGGUAACGAGUUUAUUUACUUCAUUCUGAACCUUCCCGAGGCAAGGCACUGGGUCACACUUGAAGUCGACAUAGAGCUGUGGAAAAUUAAUGUCUACGACUGUGAUUCCAGCGUCUGUCAUUGGACCGCCAUGGAACCCAUCCUGAAGACUUGGGGAGAACUGCUGCCCUCGCUAAUCCUUGCAACCGGGGAAUUUCUACAUAACAACCAGAUUAUGGCGUUAACUGACAGGGACAUCACGGUGCUCCCAAAAAUGCACUCGACUCGAGCCACUCACGACUUAGUUCCGAAGUCAACAACCAGGUAUUAAAAUAUGUUUUACGUUAGACUGACUUUACAUUUUAUUUUGCAUUUAGUGGUGAUUGUGGCGUCUAUUGCAUUGAGUAUGUGGAGCAUCUCAUGAUGCAACGUGGAUUGACCGAUGUGACGCUAGGCCGGAUAGCUAUGUUUCGUCAACGGUGGUGUGUUGAUUUAUUUUACCAAAAUGUCGGCUGAUUAUAUGUGUAAUUAUUGGGACAUUGUAUAUUUUGUGUAAUUAACAUUACAGUUAUGUAUAUAUAGACUUUCUCUUCGUUCAAAUUUUGAUAA